GAAGACGACGGCGAGGACUUCUCUUUGCUCUCACGUCGUAGCAGCUCAGGCGCGCCUCAGCGGCCAUGGCGCCCGCUCGCUCGAACAAGGCCUCGUCCAUGCGAGCUUCGAGCUCAGGCUCUGCAUCUAGCUCGUCGAGGAGUGGGUCAACGCAAUCCACCGCCCCAUCAUCGUCGACUGGUGGGCUUCGUCUAUCCAAGGCGCCUGCGCGUCCGCCUCCGCCUCAGCAGCCACGCCUCGCCUUUACUCGACAGCCCGGACCAGUACUUCCAGCCCCGCCGCCGCCGCAGAAGAGGGUCAAGAUACAAUCGCCUGAAAGAGCUACCAGUCGACCCACCCCCUCGAAUGGCUUCCCCAAGGGCAAAGAGCCCUUGCGCGGAUCGCCAGACCUCCCCGUCGCCGCCGCUCUUUGGAGCUCACGCUAUCGCCCCACGAAACGCUCCGAACUCGCCGUCCAUCUCCGCAAGACAGUCGACGUCGAGACCUGGUUGCGCGAAGCCUUCUCUCCCUCGGCGCGCGUGAGGAAGCAUCGUCGGAUUCUCAUCCUGCGCGGUCCGGCCGGAGCGGGGAAGACGGAGACAAUUCGCCAGCUAGGAGCGCCAGGAGAGUUGGACUAUGAGGUGCUCGAAUGGAAGAACGAGGUGGAGAGCGCCGCGACGAGUAUGGAUGAUUGGCGUGCUGGCGGGGCGAUAGAGGGGAUCAUGGAGCGCUUUUGCGACUUCAUCUCUCAGUCGGCAAAGUUUCCUACGCUGGCCUUGACGACAGAGCGUGGAGUUACAGCAUCCUCGUCUUCAUCGUCGAGCAGCGCCUCAACAUCGUCGCCUACAUUACGCCGACAGCUCAUUCUACUCGAGGACCUCCCCACCCUCUCGCACUACGCGACGCUCCAGUCCUUCCAACAAGUAAUGGCAACCUUCCUCUCCCGGCCCCUCGCGCAAGAUCCCAACAGUAAUGUGCCCAUCGUCCUCAUCCUCUCCAAUACCGCCUCGGGCUCAGGAGGCGGUGUGGCUGGCGAUUCUGGCGACCCAGGCGCGCAGGAGGAUGGCGCGGGCAGUUCGAGCAGCUGGAUGACGACGCGCAAGCUCCUAGGCGCAGAGGCAGAGGGCAGUGACGGCUGGUACGAGAUCAAAUUCAACCCGGUAGCGGUCACCAUCCUCUCGCGCGUCCUCAAGGAGACGUACGAGCGCGCCGUGGGCUGUCCGCUCCCUCCUGGGAUCAAGUCCAAGGGAAAGUCCGCAAGCCUCUCCCGCCGUGUAAUGCCGGUGGAAGUAGUCGAAGCCUUGGCGGAGAGCACGCUGGGGGAUGUGCGAUCGGCUAUCGACUUGUUGCAGCAGGUCCACUCACGCUUUAUUAAGCAGCCACGCCGUUUUGAGCGGGUGGCCCAGUCUCGUACCAAGACCAAAGCGAAAGAGGAGGCGAGGAAAGUUAUGGUCGAGCUGGGCUUGAUGAGCAGGGAGUCGGCGCUGGAUAUCUUCCAUGCGUUGGGGAAAGUGUUGUUCAAUAAGAGAGUGGGAGAUCCGGAGUUGAAGAGGGGAAGGGAGGAGAUGGAGGUUGCGUCGGAUGAUGAGGUCGAGGAGGGAGGAGAGAAGGAGAGGGAUAAAGAGAAGCCUCUGCUCUUACCCGCGCACUUGAGCCACUUGUGGCGACGCAAGAGCAAGGUCAACAUCGAGUCACUCUCCUCCUCCUCAACAGGCGUAGACUCCUCCCUCCUCUCCCUCUGGGUAGCGCACAACUACCCGCCCUUCACAACAGACAUAGAGCAAUGCGCCCUCAUCUCCGACUCCUUCAGCUUUGUCGAGUCCUCCCUCAAUCCCUCCUACGGUGAGGAUCUCCGUGCCCUGGCGUCCAAUAAUGCUCAGCACCCCCUACUGCUCAGCCACUAUGCCGGGCUGAUCACGUUUGGGAGCACACUCCUGCAUCUACCAAGCCCGGUACCGAGAAAAGGACAGAAGAUGACGAGACCCAGUCUCUGGGAGGUCAACGAGCGCAGCAAGGCUUUGCGCGGGGAUGUGGAAGCCUUACAAGACGAUUAUAGGUCGCGUCGCCGUGCGCAGGGAAGCAGUUGUGAUGUCGGGAUACGCACGGCCACGCCUCGUCAAGUCGCGGAAGAGUGGGGGCCGUCCCUCGCGAAAAUGGCGGCGGCGGCGGCCGCGACGGGGGAUGCGCGUGGUGGGUGGAGCGCCAAGCAGAAGGAAUUACUGGCCCGGGUGGGUGGGAUGGAUUGGAGGGGAGCCUUUUCGCAGGGAGGAGGGACAGGGGUGGCUGCUGCUGCUGCUGCUCAGAGUAGGGACAUGGACGCAGACGAUGCGGGUGAUCUUGGAGAGCUUGUCGAGGAGGACCAGGGUGGGGCUGUUAAGCUUUCGGGGCAGUCCCAGGCCCAGACUCAGGGCCAGGUUCAAGGCAAAAUUGAGCCAGAGGGUAGGGAGACGAGGGCCCUCGAUAGGGGAGGGGGAGUGGAUCAGAGUGAGGAGAGGGGCGCCGCUGAUGACGAGGAAGGAGGGGACAUCUCUGAUGAUCCCAUUGAGGACUGAUAGUCAGGUCCAGUCUGAGCAAUACCUCUGUUUGGUUCACCUUAACGCACGCACGAUCCACCCUCUCGAUAAUUCGUAGCCGCCACAUACCACCAACUAUCCCCCGAACGGUGUGUUGGUUCGGCAUGCUCGGUCUCUUGAUCACCGCCGCGGCUGUCGUCGACUCCCAAGAGCGGACUGGCGGCACGUUCGGAAGAAUCCCGAGGACGAGGAAGCGGGAGUGAACUGUUGUUGCUUCCUUGACUCCUUUGAUCCUCAAAGACAUCACAACUAG